AUGAGUAAGAAUAAAGAUGAGCAGGCAUUGGAGGGGAGUGGAGGGAUCAGGUCGCACGAGCAGGGUGUGGGAGUAAAGAGUUCGAACGUGGAGAGCGAUGACGGACGAGGGAGUGGGGGGGAGGGUGGAGGGGGAGGAGAAGGAGGAGGAGGAGGAGGAGGAGGAGGAGGAGGAGGAGGAGGAGGAGGAGGAGGAGGAGGAGGAGGAGGAGGAGGAGGAGGAGGAGGAGGAGGAGGAGGAGGAGAGGAGGAGGAGGAGGAGGAGGAGGAGGAGGAAGGAAAGACCGCGACGAAAGAGGAAGCGAGAGGCAGCGCUGGUGACGCUUGCUCACCCACUGGGGAAACAGACAGGGCCAACCCUUCUCAACCCCUCACCCACUCACCCCAUCACCCCCUCACCCACUCACUUCUUCAAUCACUACCAGCUAGGACAUGCGACUCAGGAGCUGCAAUGAUGUGUGUACUGCGUCAUGAUGGGUGCACUCUCCUCAAUGCGUACGUUCCCUCUCCCGUGAGAGGGACCCACUCGUCCCGUCUUCCCACUCUCUUCCCUCUUUCUUUCCCCACUGCUCCCAGCAUUCUCUCUCACUCUCCGCACCCGUCCCCCCCUUCCCCCCCCUCCUCCCCCUGUCCGCCGCCCAGCAACCGCAGCGGUGGAGAGGUGGUGGGGUGGAGUACAGGAGCGGGGAGGGUGCCUGACUGGCCUCAGAAUAGCCACGUGUUUGAAGUAGUGUUUUGUUUUGAGCCCUCUCAAAACCCCCCCUUAAAGCGGUGGAGAGGUGGUGGGGUGGAGUACAGGUGGGCGGGGGGGCGGGUGCCUGACUGGCCUCAUACUCCUCCUCGUCCUAUCUCCCGUCACGCUUCCCAGGUGACUUUUGAGUCGACUCAAAAGUUCAGUGGAGAGGCGGUGGGGUGGAGUACAGCGGGGCGUGGCGGGUGCCUGACUGGCCUCAUAAUCCCCCUCGUCUUAUCUCCUGCCACGCUCCCCCUCACCCCCUUCACCCUCUUCCCCCCCUUCCCCCCCCUUCCCCCCCUUCCCCCCCUUCCCCCCCCUGUCCCCCCAUUCCCCCAUUUCCCCCUGCCCACCUUCCCUCCACCCAUCCUGUGGGAGCAGGAGGAGGAGCGGCGCCGGUUCAGGGAGAAGAGUUUACAGCAUGACAUGCAAAGACACGAGGGUGCAGAGGACCUAGAUGCAGAGGGAGCAGCGCGCAUGACCCACCGCCUCUCCCAAGCCAUGCUGCACCGCGUGCGCUCCGCCACCCCCCGCCCCCCGCCCCCGCCCUCCACACCCCCCCGUUCCCCCUCUGCCGCCCCCCACCCGUCCUCCACCCCCCCACAUGCCUCCGCGCAAGAAGCAAGAAGGGGAGGUGCAGGGGGGGGGGAGGGAAGUGAGACCGGUGGUGGUGUGGGUGUGGAUGCUGGAAAAGGGUUCAGAGGAGGUGGAAGAGGAGGAAGAGAGGGAGCAGCAUCAGCAGGACGGGGAGGAGAGUAUAAGCCAGAGAUGUGGGUACCUCCUGGGUCCUCUUAA